CCCCCUCCUGAGGAUCCCUGCAUGGAGAGCCCCCCGGUGCCACCCGCCCUGGACGUGGACAAGGCCGUGGCCACGGCCUUCGUGGUGCUCCUGGGGCUCUUCCUCCUCGCCGUGACCGUGCGCUGUGCCCGGCUCGUGGUGGAUCCCUACAGCGCCAUCCCCACCUCCACCUGGGAGGAGGAGCCCAUCAACUGA